CCAAAUCCUUCAUCACCAUCUUCUUCAUCACUCUGAAAAUCUCAUAAUCUAAUUCACAGACCACACCACAAAGCCAAGCCAAACAAGCCCUCUAGCGAGUACGGCAGACAGAGCAAUCAAAGAAUUCGUUACAUCACUCCAAAACGGUGAGGAGGUGAUUCUGAUUGUGAGCUCCGGAAUUUGAAGAGUGCUUUUGAUAUGGCGUUGUUGCGCAGAUUGUUCUAUCGCAAACCGCCCGAUGGACUGUUCGAGAUCUGUGAGCGAGUUUACGUUUUUGAUUGCUGCUUCACUACUGAUGCUUGGAAGGAGGAAAACUAUAAGGUUUACAUUGGUGGGAUGGUUGGACAAUUACAAGAGCACUUACCAGAUGCGUCAUUCUUGGUAUUCAACUUCAAUGACGGUUCAGCGCAGAGCCAGAUGGCUGGCAUCUUGUCUGAGUGUGAUAUGACCAUAAUGGAUUACCCUCGGCACUUUGAAGGUUGUCCUGUUUUGACAAUGGAGUUGAUCCAUCACUUUCUUAGAUCAAGUGAGAGCUGGUUGGGACUUGGGCACAAUAACGUCCUUUUGAUGCAUUGUGAGCGGGGAGGUUGGCCUGUUUUAGCCUUCAUGCUGGCUGCACUCUUGAUUUACAGGAAGCAUUAUACUGGUGAGCAUAGGACGUUGGACAUGGUUUACAGGCAGGCUCCGCUAGAGCUUUUGCAUUUGCUAUCAGCCUUGAAUCCUAUUCCUUCUCAACUUAGGUAUCUACAGUAUGUAUCGAGGAGGAAUGUUGCCUUAGAAUGGCCUCCUCUGGAUCGAGCACUUACCUUGGACUGCAUCAUUUUUAGAUUUAUUCCUAAUUUUGAUGGGGAAGGAGGCUGCCAUCCUAUAUUUCGUAUAUAUGGGCAAGACCCUUUUCUUGUUACUGAUCGAACUUCCAAAGUCUUAUACUCGACUCCAAAACGAACCAAAACCGUCCGGGGUUACAAGCAGGCAGAAUGUGAACUGGUUAAAAUUGACAUUAAUUGCCAUAUUCAAGGUGAUGUUGUGAUUGAAUGCAUUAACUUGCAUGAUGACAUGGAACGUGAAGAUAUGAUGUUCCGCGUCAUGUUCAAUACAGCUUUUAUAAGAUCUAAUAUUUUGAUGCUCAAUCGUGAUGAAAUCGACAUGUUGUGGGAUGCAAAAGAACAAUUCCCAAAGGACUUCAGAGUAGAGAUUCUUUUCUCAGAGAUGGAUGCUGUCACAUCCAUUAUUCUUGGUGGUAUAUCAUGCUUUGAGGAUAAGCAGGGACUUCCGAUGGAAGCAUUCUCUCAAGUUCAAGAGAUUUUUAGUUAUGUUGAUUGGUUAGACCCCAAGGCAGACGCCGCACUGAAUGUUCUUCACCAACUAGGUGGGUCGAAUAUCCCCCACGAAAAGUGGGAUAAUGAUAUUUCCCGGGAUGACAGAAAUGUAAUGCAGGAAACAGGUCUUAAACAAAUAGCAGAUAAAAAGAAUCCCAGGAUUCUAUCCUCCUCCGAGGUGCAGUCAGUGGCCUCACCUAGGCGAGCUCCAGAUACAAGUGUCAGUGAACAGGAAGCUAAACCUCAAGAUGUUCAGCGACACGAUGCAGGUGAUUCAGUGACCCAGCAUAUGCCCCAACCUCUUCAGUCAGAGCCAUUGAAAGCAUUUGCUCAAGUUCAGGAGGUCUUGAUCCAAGUACCCUUACCUACACAACCUCCAGAUAGUGCCAAGACUAAACCUGAAGCGAAAGAUCAUCAAGACAUUCAUACUGCAAAGCAGCCACCUAACCAACCUGAUUCAGUGUCCCAGCAACGGCCUCAACCUCCUACUCUAACACCAAUGGAAGCAUUCGUUCAAGUGCAGGAGAUCUUCAGCCGUGUAGCCUCACCUAAGAAACCUCAAGAUACCCCUUUCAAUAAACAGGAAGCUAAACCCCAAGAAACUUAUACUGCAUUUCAGCCACCGGUUCCCCAACCUUCUCUGUCACCUCCAGUUUUCCCUAAAUCCCAGACUGUUUCAGUUGCACCACCAACACCUCAACCAGCUCUUACGUCGCAAUCUACUUCUGCUACAACAACUCCUCCUCCACCAUCACCCCCACUUUCAAAGCCCAAAGAUUCACUUUCCCAACCGUCUGCCCCUGGGAGAAUACCAACCUCCCCUUCUCCACUUUCUAAAGUUACUUCAUCGUCUCAGCCUCCUGCUCCACCUCCUCCUCCUUCAACUCCUACUUUGAAAGAUAACCUUGCUGCUACUUCUAGACCUGCUCCACCACCACCACCUCCUCCUCCUCCAACUCCUCCUUUGAAAGAGAACCGUGCUGCUACUUAUAGACCUCCCCCACCUCCACCGCCUCCUCUGCACUCGGUGAGAGCUAAAAGCACUACAAACUCAUCUCCUAUUCCAGUGCCACCAACACCACCUAGUGCUCCAGCUCCUCCUCCUCCUCCUCCUCUGUCAGGGAAAUCUGGAGGUAUCUCUGUUCCUAGUGCCCCACCUCCUCCGGCACCCUUGGUUAAAGGAGGUUCCAAUCCGGGAACUCCUCCCCCACCACCACUUAGCUCCCCUAGUAAUGCAAAGGGCCGUACAUCACGUACUAUAAGUUCCAAGGAUAAUCAAAAGAAGCUGAAGCCAUUACAUUGGUUGAAACUAUCAAGAGCAGUUCAGGGAAGCCUAUGGGCUGAGGCAGACAAAACCAGUGAAGACACAAAGGCUCCAGAGAUCGACAUGUCAGAGCUUGAGAAUCUUUUCGCUGCGGCGGUUCCAACUUCAGAUCAUGGCAAGAAAGCAACUGCACCAGGUCCAGUUGCCCCUAAAUCUGACAAAGUACAAUUGAUUGACCACAGACGGGCAUACAAUUGUGAAAUCAUGCUUUCAAAGGUGAAGGUUCCACUGCAUGAGUUAAUGAAUUCGGUGCUUGCCCUGGAAGAUACAGCAUUAGAUCCUGACCAGGUCGAGAACCUAAUCAAGUUUUGUCCUACUAAGGAGGAGAUAGAGCUACUUAAGGGAUACAAGGGAGACAAGGAGAAAUUAGGAAAAUGUGAACAGUUUCUGUUAGAGUUGAUGAAAGUACCUCGAGUGGAAUCCAAGCUCAGAGUUUUUUCGUUCAAAAUACAGUUCUCUGCCCAGGUUUCUGACCUUAGAAAAAGCCUGAAUGUUGUAAACUCUGCAGCAGAAGAGAUCAGAAAUUCAGUCAAGUUGAAAAGAGUUAUGCAGACCAUUCUUUCACUAGGGAAUGCUUUAAACCAGGGGACAGCAAGAGGGGCUGCUAUUGGAUUUAGAUUGGAUAGUCUUCUCAAACUUAUUGACACUCGCGCAAGGAACAACAAGAUGACUCUUAUGCAUUAUCUUUGUAAGGUUCUUGCCGACCAACUACCAGAGGUUCUAGAUUUCUAUAAGGACCUGGCCAGCUUAGAGCCUGCAUCAAAGAUACAAUUGAAAUUUUUGGCGGAGGAAAUGCAAGCAGUAAGUAAAGGACUGGAGAAAGUUGUACAGGAACUAUCUACAUCUGAAAGUGAUGGUCCUAUAUCAGAAAAUUUCCGUAAGACUCUGAAGGGUUUUCUCCGUUCUGCUGAAGCCGAGGUGAGAUCUUUGGCUUCACUAUAUUCUACCGUGGGGAGAAAUGUGGAUGCAUUGAUUCUUUAUUUUGGAGAGGAUCCUGCAAAAUGCCCAUUUGAACAAGUUGUUUCAACCUUACUCAACUUUGUCAGAAUGUUCAUCAAGUCCCAUGACGAAAAUUGCAAACAGAGUGAGCUUGAAAUGAAAAAAGCAGCAGAAAGUGAGAAGGUCAAGAGGGGUGCUUCCAAGCAGUCAGAACGUGUGUUGCGUACUCCAAUCCAUAAUAGCAAUAUCAAAUGAUUUACAUGUCUAACCGGGAAAAGACCGCUUAUUGAUGUUGGAACUAGAAUGUACAUAAUCUAGGUUGUAUUGUAUUUGUAUCGAAG